AUGAGAGGAGGAAGGAAGAAUUUGAAAAGGGCAACAGAGGAAAAACAUGUAACCCUUCAAGACAGGCAAAGCAUCAUGCAGGUGGUGUCUCUACGAGGCUCAAAUAUCAUUGAGGUCAUGGAUGCAUGUGGCAACAAAUCACUAGCUCUAUUCCCUGCUAAAUUUCAGAAAAGCGUGUGGAUUAAACGAGGGAGCUUCGUUGUUGUUGAUGAAACUGGAAAGGAAAAGGCUCUUGAAUCGGGUAGCAAGGUUGCGUGCAUUGUUUCUCAAGUUCUUUUCUACGAACAAGUUCGAGAACUACAGAAAUCUCCAGAAUGGCCUGAAAUUUUUAAAUCUGCAAUGGUAGAAGAAUCAAAUGAAACUUCUGCCUCCCAACAAGAGAAUGAGCCGGAGGAUAGUGAUGAUGAUGGACUACCUCCAUUGGAAGCCAAUACAAACAGAAUGAGACCUUUCGAGUUGCAAGCUGAUGAAGAUUCAGAGUCUAGUUCAGAUACAGAUGAUUGA